UGGGCGGAAGUUACGUGAACAGCAGGCUGUCAUCGGAGCUGCCUGCUAGCCGCCUGCUGCCCUAAAAACAAGUGAAAUAUAUCGAUAAACACAUCGCCAAGUGCAAGUCAAACCAGCUCCCACAGGAAUAUGGAUGACGACGUGCUAACGACUCUGAAGCUGUUGAUAAUUGGCGAAAGUGGAGUCGGGAAGUCCAGUCUCCUGCUGAGGUUCACAGAAGACACUUUUGAUCCAGAACAGUCAGCGACAAUAGGUGUGGAUUUCAAAGUAAAGACACUGGCAAUAGAUGGGAACAGAGCAAAACUCGCCAUAUGGGACACGGCUGGACAGGAAAGGUUUCGCACCCUGACACCCAGCUACUACCGCGGUGCACAGGGAGUCAUACUUGUGUAUGACGUCACAAAGCGCGACACUUUUAUGAAGCUGGAGAACUGGCUGAAUGAACUGGAAACCUACACAACACGCAAUGACAUUGUAAAAAUGCUUGUUGGGAACAAAAUUGAUAAGGACGACCAUGAAGUGGAUCGAAAUGAGGGACUGAAAUUUGCUAGGAAACACUCCAUGCUUUUUAUUGAGGCCAGUGCAAAGACCAAAGAUGGUGUCCAGUGUGCCUUUGAGGAGCUUGUGGAGAAGAUCCUCCAGACUCCGGGGCUUUGGGAGAGUGAAAACCAGGGUCAGAAGCUCCGUCUGGGGGAUCAGGAGCAGGGCGGGGGCAGGGCAUGUGGAGGAUACUGUUCCAUACCCUGAAACCGGACAGAACCAAAAAAAAGCACCAAGCUGAUCGGAAUGACUACGGACCAGAAACAGAGGGGGGUGAAAUAGAGGUGGAACUGGAUGAGUCCUUUUAACAAAAAGUUAAUUGUUGAAGUAGUUCUGUCAGUCAAAAGGACUUUGCUGUUUGCACACUUCCUUUUCAACCAUCAUCUGUCACAUGUCACUACUUUCUGUUUAAAACAUAAAUGAAAGGAUCGUGCAAAAAUAGCCUCUUGUCUAAGGAAGUAUAGUGUUUUUAAAUUAUCAUAACCAUGCCAAGUGUAUGUCAUAGGAGUACAUGUCUGGUUUGAAUUUUUCUUAUUGGCAACAGUGUUUCUGUUGUACAUUAAGCGAUCAGGUUAGUAGCAUAGUGCCUAUAACAUGAACUAAUUUUGUAGGUUACAAUACAGUCAAAUUUCACUCCAAAGGAUUCAUAAUAAUCAGUAAAGAAGUAUCCUCAAUCUCUCACUUCCAGGAAAAAACUAGUUCCCUGCUUAUGAUUUGUGAGCUGUAAAUGUCGACUUCUAUGUAGCUGCAAAGUUAAAGUACAAAAUGUUCCACAUGACGAGCUUUAUUUCAUAUGAAACACAUCACUUGGAUUGAGGGUAGUGGUGGACUAGACUUGUUAUGUGGAGCGCGUGUUGGCCUCCAUCUAACAUCCGUCAUUAUGCACCAGAACACUGUGAAUGCCGAAUAAGACAUUUCAGUAUGGACCCCAGUUACUGACACCAGUUCAUUUUUUUCUGUUAAUUGAAUUAUUUUCUUAAUUAUUAUUCAUUUAUGGUGAUUUCCAUCAAAUUCUAUGUACGUAUAGAGGCGUUCAAAUGAACAGAUUCCUGUUUUUUUUUUUCCUGUCUUCAUGGAAAAAUCCAAGACAAGUAAUCAUCUUUGUCUUGUAGGAUUUUUUUGUAACCAAACCUGUCUUUUUCUUUGCAUGUUUGAUCUGGACCAUAACGUCCACAGCUGCAAGUCUAAGGUUUACAGUAUUGAGAGUUCUUGCAAUAAAAUAUGCUCUUCUACUCACUUUUAGCUCAGUUUUGCCAUUUAGUCUUAGCCUGACCUGUAAGUUUGUUUAUUUUGCAGUUUCUGUGUGGUGUUGUAGUUUCUCUAAAGUCCCACUGACUUACUGAAGGCAUUUCUCACAAAUUAUAAUAUGAGAGCAUUCCUAAGACAUUUGUUUGAUGUAUCAUUGCUAUUUGUUUGAAUUCUUUUUUUCUUGUUUAGAAUCAUGUGGACCUUUCCCCUCUUCUAUCCCUGUACCCUUUUCCUGUUGCUUUUGCUGUGCGCCUACCUAAAUCAUAUUCAGCACUAUGUUAAAUUGAUAUCUGCCUUAACAUUGAAUGGCAUUUGCUUGGGUUAUGGUCCAGUAAUGUUUGUAUUGUUUCAAACUGAAAUAAAUGACAACCUCAAGAUGCCGUCA